CGUCCUCCCAUUAAUAUUUUUUUCACAAGUAACCACGGCUUGUGUUGUGGGUUAAACACAGAAAUGGCUUCUUUACCGUUUGGAGUUUCGAAUCUAUGCAGAAAUCAGGAGGUUCUGUCCGCGGCUGUACGGCUUCAUCCGGUUGGGCGACAAACCACAGGAUUUAGAGAUGCGAAGAAAGUCUUAUAUAGAUUCGAGGGACAUGGAUUGUCAUCAUCAGUACAAGUGAGAGAGAAACAAAGAAUGAGAUGUAGAGUUAGCUCAAACUCUACUGAAACUGAAGACGAUUCUGCCACAAAGACCAAGACGACGCCGUUUGGUUACACGAGGAAGGAUGUUAUACUGAUAGGAGUGGGAGUGACUGCACUUGGUAUCGGCCUAGAGAGUGGACUUGAGUAUGUGGGAGUAGAUCCGUUGCAAGCAGGGAACGCUGUGCAGCUGAUACUGGUGCUGGGUUUGACUUUGGGUUGGAUUUCGACUUAUAUCUUUAGAGUCGGUAACAAGGAGAUGACUUAUGCCCAGCAACUUCGUGACUACGAGUCUCAAGUCAUGCAGAAACGACUGGAGAGCUUAUCAGAGGCAGAGUUAGAGGCAUUGAUGGCACAGGUUGAUGAAGAGAAGACCAAGGUUGAGUAGGUUCUCUUGCCCAUUGUGUUUCAUCACCUGCAAAAGUUUGUAAAACAAAGAACAGCACAGGCUUUCAUUGUAAAAAUCCAGAAAUAAUUCUGAUUUUCUUUCUUCUUCCUUGCUGUUUGUUGUAUGAAUGAUGCACACUUUAAAAUAUACAAAUUGAAGAACAUUUUGAACA